GCCGUCGUCGUCGUCGUUCGCGCGCGCGUAAUGAGCGCGGACGCGCCUUGGUGGACGGCGCACGGGACGCGGCGGCGCUGAGAUUAGCGGGGCCGGCGGGGGCUCCUUGCCGCCGCCAUCAUCAGCAGCCUGCCCCUCGGAGCGUGACAGGCGUCCCGGGGUUCGGCAGCCAUCCGCGCUCAAUGGCUGACGCGCACCCUGGGGAGAUGAGUGCGGAACCCCGCCUGGGGCCGAGUCCAUUCGGGCCGGAACACAUGGGGCACUCGGCGGCCCUCAAAAUCCGCCCAGCCCACCAUUCCCCUCCUCCUCAGCCGCGGCGGCAGCACAUGGAAGGCCACAGUCCGACGUUCGGCGCCUACUCCAUGACGCAGGCUCUGGCGGCGGCGGCGGCGGCGGGUCGGAGCCACCCAGCCCCGCUCGGCCACGGCGUGUUCGUGUCGGCCACGGGUGGAUACGCGCCCGCGCAUUACCACCACGCGGACUUCCACCACGACCCGGCGGACGCGUACGCGCCCGUUGCGGACCCCUUCUCCGCGCCGCCGCGGCACAACUACACCGGGCUCAACCUCAACCUGGGCGCGCACCCCGCCGCCGCCGCCGCCGCCGCCACCGGCGCCUUCUUCCGGUACAUGCGGCAGCCCAUCAAGCAGGAGCUCAUCUGCAAGUGGACCGGCCGCUGCUCCAAGACCUACGGGACCAUGCACGAGCUGGUCACGCACGUCACCGUGGAGCACGUGGGCGGACCGGAGCACGCCGACCACGUCUGCCGGUGGGAGGACUGUCCCCGGGAGGGCAAGCCCUUCAAGGCCAAGUACAAGCUGGUCAACCACAUCCGCGUCCACACCGGAGAGAAACCCUUCCCCUGUCCCUUCCCGGGCUGCGGGAAAGUCUUCGCGCGCUCGGAAAACCUGAAAAUCCACAAACGGACGCACACUGGAGAGAAACCUUUCCGGUGCGAGUUCACCGGAUGCGAGCGUCGCUUCGCCAACAGCAGCGACCGGAAGAAGCACAGUCACGUGCACACCAGCGACAAGCCGUACACCUGCAAGGUGCGCGGCUGCGACAAGUCCUACACGCACCCCAGCUCUCUGCGCAAACACAUGAAGGCGCACUGCAAGUCCCCGCCAACCAGCUCCGGAUACGAGUCCUCCACGCCCUCCCUGCUCUCGCCCUCCUCAGACCCGGGCCGGGAGGCGGCCUCCUCGGGGGCCUCCUUGGGGGCCUCCUUGGGGGCCUCCUCCUCGGGGCCCGCCAACCUGAGCGAGUGGUACGUGUGUCACAGCUCGGGGGCCAGCGGGGGCCACAGCGGAGCCUCCACGCCCGAGGCCCCCCCCUACCGGGACCAGAACGCCUUUUAGACUUUGGACCUGCUGCUGCCGGAAAACAAACAUUCGUGUCGUGAUGUUCUUAACUUAUUUUUCACGCUGGUUUUGUAUCCAACGAACCAAAAAGUUGUACAUUUUAUUUUGUAACCUUUUUUCUUUUUUGGUCAGUUUUGUACGUUUUGAUGAACAGAAGCUUUAUUUUUGACUGUGAAGCGAAAACAAAAGCGCGUGAAAUGGAAUCCUCCCUGUUGUUUGGCCCUCGCGGCGCGCACCGGACUGCCUUGUCGUUUGUCACAUUUUUCAAUAAACCUUGAAAAAUUCGA